GAAAAAGCAAUGUAAUAAAUGGUUUGGCGAAUUAUGCAUAUGGAGUGACUUGGGGGGACGACUUCCGUUUGAAAUUGACCAUGGACGAAGAUAAGGAACAGUCUCAAGCUAAUGACGAGAAGAACUUGAUCAUGACUUACGUCCUAAACUGGCAAAAGGAAUUCACGCUUCCUUAUACCUUGACACUCAUCGAUAUACCAGGGUUUGACGACAGUGAGAGGAUCGAGUCACUUGACCAGUUACGAAGUCGGAUCCGGUCAAUAUUCCUCAAUGAUGGGAACAACGGCGUCGAGCAGGUCGAUGGAAUUUGCUUCGUUGUACAAGCUUCUAAAUCUAGCCUCACCUACAACCAAAAGAACAUCUUCCGGUUUGCUUAUGGCCGCGAGGAACCCCUUGGGAUCCGCGCGGCCGUCUCGCCCUACUUCCUCCAGAUGUUCCCCGAUUUGAAGGACUCGUCCCCCGGCGAGCUCAGGCUGGAGGAUUUCAACGAGAAAACUACUCGA